AGAAAGAAGAAGACGAAGCAAACGGCGACGUUUCAGACCAUUUAUAUUGUAGUUGUGUUGCGCAGAAUAUCACAUCGUUAAGUAUUGAUGGGAUUUCAGCCGUAUUAAACGCUGCUCCCAUGUUUUAAAAGAUCUGAUACACAGCUGAAUGGGCUCAGAUCCCCACACAUGCGGUCGUGUCUUCACGGUGUGAUAAUUUGCUGAACAGGGUUAAAAUGUAGAAAUCUAAUCUGGAACGACACGGAAGACUGUCAGACUGGACCAGCACGAAGCCGGGUGCGCGCUAUCGCUCGUGCUUCUUCAGUCUCACUGACACACACUACUAAGGCAUCACCAUCUUCUGUGUAGCAAAGUAUUUGGAAUACAGUAGCUGCGGCAAAACAUUUCAUUUCGAGAAGUAAUUUGCCUUUGAGAUGGGAUCCUCAGUGAUGGAGGAUAAGGAUGAGGCCUGCACAGAGCACCUAUACUGCUGUGGUGCUGUCACAGAAGUGCUCAAAUUCGGCACCCGUAACCUACACUCUGGCAAUCAACCUAAAGUGCUUUUUCUCAUCAUACCAGGUAACCCAGGUGUGGUUGGCUUCUACAAGACCUUCAUGCAGACGCUUCACCAGACAUUGGGGCGGCGCUACCCUGUGUGGGCAGUGAGCCAUGCUGGACACUGUGUGCCUCCUGAUACUAUGGACAUGAUUGAAGACCCAACAGUGAUGGCAGCGGGGGACGUGUUUGGUUUGAACGGGCAGAUAGAGCACAAGCUGGCCUUCCUCACGGAGCACGUUCCCAGGGACUCUCGCCUGGUCCUGGUGGGCCACUCCAUUGGCUGCUACCUCAUCCUGGAGAUGAUGAAGAGGGAUCCUGAGCUGCAGGUGGUGAAGUCAGUGAUGCUGUUCCCCACCAUCGAGCGCAUGGCGGCGACCCCUCAGGGAAGGGUCAUGACCCCGGUGCUGUGCCGCCUGCGCUAUGUGGCUUACCUGCCCAUCUUCCUCCUCUCUCUUCUACCUGAUGUACUAAAGGCCUUCAUGGUGAAGCUGGUCUUCGGAGGGCUGGGUUCACUGGACCACUCGACCGUGCUGCCUACUGUUAGCCUCAUUAAUGUGGACACCGCUGCCAAUGCUAUGUACAUGGGGAGUCAAGAGAUGUUGGAAGUUCUGGAGAGAGACAACUUCACCAUCAAUCAAAACCUUGGCAAGCUUGUGUUUUACUAUGGAGCCAGUGACCACUGGUGCCCUGUGCAGUAUUAUCAGGAGAUCAAGAGGAAGUUUCCAGAGGGAGACAUCAGACUGUGUAGUCGAGGAAUUCGUCAUGCCUUCGUCUUGGACGCAGGAAAGGAAGUGGCUGGUAUGAUCUUUGAAUGGAUCCGCGAAGAUUUGCAAACAUGGAGCUAGUUUCAAAUACGCUCCAAGCAGCAUGACAGUGUGACUGUGAUUUAAAGAAAUUGUCAUCUAAAUAUCAAUUGGAUAAUGAUAUUGUCGGUUUAUGUUACCUAAAUUAAUGUAAAACUUUAAAGGAGUGAUGACAUCUGGUAGUGAAAUGAAAAAAUGAAGAUAUUUGUCCAAAUCAUUGUCAAAGCUCUUUAAGCACUAAACCAGUUCCCUAGGCUAUAACGUGUGAUUAUAGCCACUACAGUACCAUCACUGCCUUUAUAGUUACAGAGAUAUCAGGUAGGCUUCAACAACCACAUAGUUUUUAUGAAAAUCCCAAAAUUGACUUGUAUUUUGACAUUGGACCCCAAAACUUUGUUCUGUCUGUUUUCUUUCCCGAUUUUACAUUUUAAAAUUAGUUUUUAUUUCAAUAUACUGUAUAGCUAAGUAAUGCAUAAUGACCAAAACUUUGAUACGAUUAUUAAUUCUAAUUGUAUUGAUUUGUGUAUCGCGUUAUAUCUUUAUUGGACCACCAAUCAUAUAAAUAUGUAUUUUUUGUUACCAAAUUUCUGUUGGGUUGGCAGGCAAUUGUGAUACUUCACUUUGUAAAGUAAUGGUAUGUGUUUGCUGAAGAGGACCAAGAGAAAUCAGCUGGAAUCUAUUCAUACAUUUGAUUAGUUCAUAGGUUCUUAAUUACCCUGUAAUGUAAUGUAACUAUUCAAUCAAAAACAACAUCCUUUUUGUUUUGCAAAAAUGCACAUUAAUGUCAAACAAACUCAAAGGCAUAUUAACUCAAACAUGCUUUCCUGAUGCAUGGAAAGAAAGAAUGCUGUUUCUGAAUUAUUCCAGACACGUGUGGAACAUGUUUGAUUGCGCAUGGCAAAAUGUGUUGGCAGAUCAACUCGAUGGUUUUAUUUGAUUUAUGUUUUUCUGUGUUCUGUCAACGCAGCCUGAUACAGAUAACUUGUCUCCGUUUCCUGCCCUACAGUGCAGUGCCGGAACAAUGUGUUUUUAGUGCAUGUUUGAUUGAAUUUUGCCAUAAAUCUGUGAUGAAAUAACAAAAAGGCAUGCUCAUCAUUCCAAAAGUUUAACUCCAUCUAAAGUUGGAUUUCCUAUAUUUUGGAAGUCUAAGAAAGUAUAUUUCUGACAAAGGAAUCUGCAGACUUAGUGUUCAUCUUUGACCUCCAACCUCUGACCGAGCACGCCUUCCACUGUUGGCCACCAGCCACUGGUGAUGUAACCAUUUAGGAAAGCUCUUCAAAAAGCCUUUCUUAAUUUACAUGUUUGAUGGGGAAUCUUGGUUUAUUAGUUGUCUGGAUGUAUUUGAUAUCUGCCCAUUUUGAAAUGCAAAUGAAUAUGGAAGGCUUAGUGUUAUCUGAAGCUUAGGCUCCUGUUGAAUACACACUGAGACUAAUGUUGUUUAUACCAGUGUGAUGGAUGAGAUCUGGGCGGAGAGGGAGAGAGAGUUACUAGAUGGGGUUUCGUUCAUCCUAGUCACGACUGCAAUGCAGUAGAAAGGAUUUCAGAUACAGAGACUAACAGAAAUUCAUUAAACUAAGCAAUUGGUGGUUGAUCCUCUACAAAAAAAAUGUUUGAGUUGUGCUCAUGUGUAAAUUUGGUUUUACAUUACUUUAGAUUAUAUUGAUUUAAAUUACUAAUCAUGAUGUACCCUUUAUUAACUAAAUGUUUUGUAAUUGUCAUGAAAAAUAUGAAAUUAAAUAUAUAUACAGUACUCGUCAAACGUUUGGACACACCUACUCAUUCCAGGGUUUUUCUUUAUUUUUACUAUUUUCUACAUUGUAGAAUAAUAGUGAAUACAUCAAAACUAUGAAAUAACACACAUGGAAUCAUGUAGUAACCAAAAAUAUAUUUUAUAUUUUAGAUUCUUCAAAGUAACCACCCUUUGCCUUGAUGACAAAAAAAUGAAGAAAAUCCCUGGAAUGAGUAGGUGUGUCAAAACUGAUAUAUAAUUAUUAAAAAGUGAUAGCUUUUGUUCUAUGUAAAUAUUUUGAAUUGAAAUAAAUUAAGGACAAGUAUU